AUGUCCUCCACGAACCAUCCAUCUCCUCGGAUGUUCUCGAGACCAACCUAUCAUGAGCAUACAAUGUCCGCCUAUCCCGUACCAUCCUACUGUGUGCCCCGAGAAGGUUCCGUGGCACAGGAUAAUGCACAUGUAUCAGCCUGUCUUUCGGAAGACUAUCGGCCUCGGAGAAGGAAGCAGAUGACGAGUUCUCUGUCUUUCAUGCCACCAACAUUUCCUCGGCCUGAGCAACUACCUGACCACACGACUUCACAAUCAAGACGGCCGGCAGACCGGGGUCCCAUCUGCAUUUCGCCUUUUCGUUCUGUGCGGAAGAUGAAGGAACCUUUCCAACUGCGCCUACCCAGCUCCCCUUCGUUGGAGAACAUCACAGCCGCCGCAAGGGAGUCGAAAGCGGCAAGGCCAAUGUCUGGGAAUCAGACACUGCGAACAUGGCGAUCGGACAUGAACUUGGCUUCGAGUCUGGAGACAUUCGGACUUCUGCCGAGCCCCCCUCUGUCUGACUCCAGAGAAUCGCGCCCAUCCACAUCGUCGACGUACUUCUCACCCAAACCGGAUUCUGAGAUGGAGGCGGGUGAGAGACGAAUGAAACAUUGCUGUUGUAUUCCUGAUUUCAACUCAUGCGACGCUUGCGACGGUGCGCGCGGUAAGGUUUCCAAAGCAGAGGAAAGGGCGACACGGGAACCAACCAAUGUCCAUGCGGCGUACUCCAACCUGGUCAAACGAUGUGAGUCUGACGAGGGACGAUUCACACCAGCCUCCACCGAUUCGGAACGAACAUUAUCCCCCUCUGAAUUCUCCGAUAUUGAGCUACCAGAGCUGGGGACAGCUUCUAGCUGUGUUGUGACGGCCCAGAGAAGCCGGACAGGAACUAUCUCAAGCGAGGGAAGUAGCUGGAUGCCAAGUAAUCUCUCAUACUUUGAGAGAUGGCUUCAAGGUGUUCCGGGGACGCUAGAUAUGAAGGACGAGAGAUCAAAAGAACUGAAUCGGAGAAAGUGUCAGAUAGUCCAAAACAGCCCUCCACGUCUGGAAGGCAAACGUGAGUUGGAGGCUACAGAUGAAGCUGUGAUUCUCGAUCUCACCAGCUGCAGCAUAACUAAGCCCAAACUGGUUGAUAUAUCCCGACAGUCAUCUCCCGCCAUGAGCCACACGCUCCCAAAUACUACACAGCAUCCAGUCCCUUCCACUCCCGACAUGCACCAACAAGAAAUAUCUGCCUUCAGUCCUGACACUCCACUGGAGAUGUCAGAUAGUGGUUAUGCUACCCAUAAUUCCUGUUACUCGCCAGACGAGUUUCAGGAUGACAAGGAGUCGCAUUAUACGGAUUCCAUUUCAACCCAUUCAGAAACAGCUAGCGAAACGAUAGUGUGUGACAAGCUGGUUCUCAAAGAAGGACCGCCCUUCUCGCCACCCAAACCAAAGCCUGGGACUAGAGCCGACUCUCCGCCGAAGAGCCAAACCCCCCCAGCGCGGUCGUCCAAUAUGUCAGAGAAGGAAGAACGAAGGUGGUGGGACCAUGAAUGGACUAUCGAACAGCUGGAGCAAUCCGUCAAAGAUUUUCCACGGAACAUGUUGAAACUCACGUCCCCUGUCAUAAUGUUCCUUCGUCAAAACAACGAGAAGGCGUUGAUUCGACCGUUUCGUAAAAUAUUCCCAGACGUCGCGGAAAAUCUGCUUGACUGUCUCUGUGCGGUCUUGAUAGCACGAAACUAUGUGGCCUCGUUGGCUUCUACCCAUCGAGGGACCAGCAGCUUAUCCUAUCGGUCGACAUUGUCCCGCUUGGAUCCAGUCCCUGAGAAGCCAAGCUCAACGCCAGCAACGCAAUUCACUCCAACAUCACCGUCCCGUAUCAGAGACCGUGUGCUGGGACCGCGAAGUACAGAGCUUCGUACAGAUUUGGACCGAAUUGUUGACAACCUGCUGUUCGCAGUGAGCGGCCGGUCUGAUGAAACGUUGAAAUCCGCUGUACUCGUUUUAGCCCAGGUGCUUGAAUCCAAAGCCUAG